AUGGAUUAUUUGAACAUCUUAGUUCCUUUCAAAAUACUUCCCACUAAAAGGAACGUGAUCUUGAAGACAAGGUCUCAAAUGAUGCGAAUGCCGAUUAAAUAUAUAAGUAUAUCUGAAAGGUCUCUAAAUGCUGGUCCGCUGCAUUUUUCCCGGCCGUUUUCUUUAUCACGGCUAUCAUACAACAAUCUCUCCAAGGAAUCUAAAACACAUGGUAGUCCCAAGUCAAGGUUGAACAUACCACCUUCUUUUAAAAGUACCAGGCCUAUUCCUAAGAACACAUUAACUGAAGAAGAGCGAGAUCGUAUUCAAAAAGGAUCGGGAAUUCUGCAGGAGAGCUCUUCUGUUUCCACACCUUUGCCGAUCACCUACAGAUCCCCGUGGUGGGUUUCUUUUCUUAAAUUGGGUGUUGUUUUCAUUCCUAUGUUUGUCUUUGGUCUUGGGUAUAUUGUAUACGAAACAAAGCAGGAUCGCCCAGUUUUUUUCCCGUUGUAUGUCAACUCGUCAGUUCCGUUGGAGAGGGCGAAGGGCUUUGAAAACGUUGAUGUUGAUAUGUUGAAGGAGGUUGCCAAGACUAACCUUAGCAGAAGGUUGAACAUGAACCACGAUAUUAGGGAGUAUUUUGGAUUACCAAUUACGUUGGGUGAUUAUGAAAAUUUCAAUGUUACCGUGGAGUAUAAUAAAUUGGCCGUUGAAGGUGUAGAGCUUGAUUUUCGGAAAUCGUGGUUUCAUCCGAUAUUAAAAUAUCGAGAAAUUGAUGUUCCUACACUUCCCUCUAAUAUUAACAAGUAUGUCCAGCCAUUGAAGGCAAAGGCUGGUGGGGAAGGUGUAGAUGAAGAUCCCGAAGAUGAUACUAAGUUCAUUGAAGAUGUUGAUUACAAGUUACACAUUAGGGCAACCAUCAAAGUAGUGAAUGAAACUGUACAUAGAAUAGAGCCUGGCUCGGGUCGUAUAACGUUUGAUGCAGAAGUUGAACUUGAUCAUACCAAAUUGAUGAAAAUUGUUGGGUGUCUGAUGCACUAUAAAAAUAAAAACAGUUCGGGAAGUGGGGGUACCCUUGAACGUCUAUGGUGA